AUGCAAAAGACCUUGAUAGCAGCACAGAGGCGCCCACAUCAGCUCGUGCAGCUGUGCGCGGCCUGCACGCGAGUCGCGAGCGGCGCGUCGACGAUGACGACAGCACGAUGCUACGCGACUCAAUCAUCACGACGACACCAGACCUCGAGCCCGGCAGCGUCGGCAUCGCCGAGGAGGACCACGAUUCGCGCAUGUAGGUCGAGCAGCGGCACGAUUCCGAGGUGCUUCUCCAACACGGCCGCCGCAGCAUCAGCCGCUGCCCCCGAGAGGACCGAGACAUCCGGGCCGGCGACGGACAAGGACACCAACCAGAAGCAGGCGCCGCGGCCCGGCGAGCCAGACUACUAUGCCCUCUUCCCGCAGACGCUGCCGUCGGGCCCACCACCCGCAGGACCCUUCGCCAUCGACACGCGCGCCCUCCGCCGCGAGUACCUGCAGCUGCAGGCGGCGGUGCACCCAGACUUUCACCACGCCGCUGGCGGCAGCUCAUCAAACACCACAGAAACGGAUGCGUCGGCAGCAGAUGACAACGGCAGCAGCAGCAGCAGCAAUUCCGCACACUCACCUGCCCGAAGGCGCGCCGAGGCGGCGUCGAGCUACAUCAACGCGGCGUACAAGACGCUGUCGUCGCCGCUGCUGCGGGCGCAGUACCUCCUGGACCGGCAGCACGGGCUGGACCUGGCGGGCGACGAGGCGGCGAGCCUGGCGGCGCCCGACCCGGAGCUGCUGGGCGAGGUCAUGAUGGCGCGCGAGGAGGUGGAAGAGGCCGAGGUCGAGGCGGAUCUGGAGGGGCCGCGGCGGGAGAACGAGGAGAGGAUCAGUGAGUGCGAGGAAGGGCUGGGGAGGGCCUUUGCAGAGGGGAGGGUCGACGAGGCGGUGGCGCUCACGGUCAGGCUCAAGUACUGGCUCAACGUCAGGGAGACGAUUGAUAAUUGGGAGCCUGGGAGGCCGGCUGUCUUGCAGCAUUAA